UAACUUACCCAAUAGGAAACUACUGUUCAGUUCUAGAGAAAGCGAAGGGAAAAAAAAAUGGCAGGAAGAUUGAGUAAUGUAGCAUCAAAGAUCAUGGGCGGAAACGGCAUCGUUUCACGCUCCGCUGCCUCCUCUCUCCGUCUCCGUUCCGGCAUGGGUCUCCCUGUUGGCAAACAUAUUGUGCCCGACAAGCCUCUUCCUGUAAAUGACGAGCUAAUGUGGGACAAUGGAACUGCCUUUCCAGAACCUUGCAUCGAUCGAAUCGCUGAUACUGUCGGAAAGUAUGAGGCAUUGGCUUGGAUGUGUGGUGGUUUGAGCUUCUUUGCAUCGUUGGGAUUCUUAGCUUGGUGGAAUGAUAAAGCCUCUAAGAUUCCAUUUGCACCUAAAGUAUAUCCAUAUGACAACCUGCGAGUGGAGCUUGGUGGAGAAUCAUAGGUAGAUCUGUAUGAGCAAUUGUACGGUUCUUGUUGUCACUUGUCUCCCCAUGUGUUUCAUUUUACUUCUGGAACUCUGAACAGUUGAAUAAUGGAUUGUGGGUUUGUUGCUGAAGCAAACAUUUUGAACAAA